UUCAAACUAGAUUUUUGGGGCGUUAAGUUAAACGAGGAAAGGUUUCACCAAGGUUGUGAGGGGCCUUUUGUAUUUUAGAACUAUGCAGCUGGAGCACUGCCUCUCUCCGUCUAUCAUGCUCUCCAAGAAAUUUCUGAAUGUGAGCAGUAGUUACCCAAACUCGGGCGGAUCUGAGCUUGCUUUACAAGAUCAUCCUAUUAUCUCCACCACUAACAACCUGGAGAGAAGUUCACCUCUGAAAAAAAAUUCCAGAGGGAUGACGAAUCAAUCAGAGGCAGACAAUUUUCCUGACUCCAAGGACGCGCCAGGGGACGUCCAGAGAAACAAACUAUCUCCUGUUCUGGAUGGGGUCUCUGAAAUCCGUCACAAUUUCGAUGGAUCUGCUGCAGAAAGGUAUUUUCUGUCUCAAUCCAGCCAACCCCAGCCAGCCUCCACUGCUCCCAGUGCUAUGUUCCCUUAUCCGAGCCAACAUGGACCAACUCACCCAGCCUUUUCUAUUGGAAGCCCAAGCCGGUAUAUGGCUCAUCACCCAGUGAUUACCAAUGGAGCGUACAACAGCCUUCUCUCCAACACCUCUCCACAAGGCUACCCAACCGCAGGGUACCCGUACGCUCAGCAGUAUGGGCAUUCUUACCAAGGAGGACCUUUCUACCAAUUCUCUUCUGCACAGCCGGGGUUGGUCCCUGGCAAGGCUCAGGUCUAUUUGUGCAACAGGGCGCUUUGGCUUAAGUUUCAUAGGCACCAAACAGAAAUGAUCAUCACUAAACAAGGAAGACGGAUGUUUCCUUUUUUGAGUUUUAAUAUAUCUGGUCUGGACCCGACGGCACAUUACAAUAUUUUUGUCGAUGUAAUCCUGGCUGAUCCCAACCACUGGCGAUUCCAAGGAGGGAAAUGGGUUCCGUGUGGCAAAGCGGACACAAAUGUGCAAGGAAACCGAGUUUAUAUGCACCCCGACUCUCCCAAUACUGGGGCACACUGGAUGCGCCAGGAAAUAUCAUUCGGGAAAUUAAAACUAACAAACAACAAAGGCGCUUCAAAUAACACCGGGCAGAUGGUGGUUCUGCAGUCGCUUCACAAGUAUCAGCCCAGGUUACACGUGGUGGAAGUGAACGAGGAUGGGAGUGAGGACAGCAGCCAGCCCGGUCGAGUGCAAACCUUCACCUUUCCUGAAACGCAGUUUAUUGCUGUUACAGCAUAUCAGAAUACAGAUAUCACACAACUGAAAAUAGACCACAAUCCGUUUGCAAAAGGAUUUCGGGACAAUUACGAUACGAUUUACACUGGCUGUGAUAUUGACAGGCUUACACCAUCGCCUGGUGACUCUCCACUCUCUCAGAUUGUGCCUGGUGCAAGAUAUGCCAUGCCUGGCUCUUUCCUGCAGGACCAGUUUGUCAGCAGCUAUGCCAAAUCCCGCUUCCACCCUGGAGCUGGGACUGGUCCGGGCACGGACCGCAGUGUUCCUCACACCAACGGCUUGUUAUCCCCACAGCAAGGAGAGGAGACGGCUGCCUCCACACAGCGUUGGUUUGUCACCCCUGCCAACAACCGCCUUGACUUUACAGCUUCGGCCUACGAUGCUGCCGCCGCUGCAGACUUUGCAGGCAAUGCAGCCACCCUGCUGUCCUACGCAGCGGCUGGAGUUAAGGCUCUCCCCUUGCAAGCUGCAGGCUGCUCAGGCAGACCCCUAGGGUAUUACACAGACCCCUCGGGGUGGGGGCCCCGCACUCCACCACAAUACUGCAGCAAACCCAGCUCUGUGCUCUCCUGCUGGCCUGCUAACAGUGCCAGCAGCAGGACUGCCGCCUCAAAUGUCUACCUAGGAGAGGACGGAGAUGGCCUGACUACAGAGAGAUCUCCACUAGGGGGUUCUGAAGACCCGAAACCAAAAGAUCUUUCAGAAUCCAGCUGGAUCGAGACACCCUCUUCGAUCAAAUCCAUAGAUUCCAGUGAUUCUGGGAUUUUUGAGCAGGCAAAGAGGAGGAGGAUCUCUCCUUCAGGCACACCGGUUUCUGAGACUGCCUCUCCACUGAAAAGCGAAAUAAUGACACCAAGGGAUUGCGAGAAGAACUGUGCAAAGGACAUUGGAUACUAUAGUUUCUAUUCACACAGCUAGGUCUGAAAUCAUGACCAAAGCCACCAGGAAAGAUUACAUCAGCUCAUUCACUCUCUUCUAUAUAUACUUGUAUCAAUUUGGGGUAUGUAUAGUUAUAGCUGAUGUCCAGAGUAUUGGUUGAAAUCUGUUUGUAAUCAGGAAAUGUUUAAUAUAAGCAUAUUUAUUAUGUUUUGCUAUGUUUGCAUUGAAAAGAUUGAAAUGUAGUUAAUUUGCAAAGCCCAAUGUUCUUUUCCUUUUUUAUCCAUUUUUUUUUAUUUUUAUUAUGCACUAUUGUUAUUCGUUACCUUGCACACACUUCAAAGAAUGUGCCCGAUAUCUUCCUUGGGGAUAUUUGAUCUGUUACACCCACAUAAGGGUAACACAGCACAAUACUAAAUCUUUUUGAAUUUGCAUUACAGACAAGACAGUAAUCUAUUUUUCAUUUUUGUUUGUUUGUCAUAUCCUGAAGUGCCAAACAAUGCAAUUCCAUAAUCAAGUAUGGUGCCAAUAUGUACUGGCCUGCAGUGACUUUUCUGUUAGAUUCUAGACAUGCAAUCGGUGCACCUCAAUCUCUGUAUUCAUUUAAACAUAUGGUGGAAUUUUAUUUUAUAAAUUAUAUAGGGUAGGUUGUCUUAAAUUCUGGGACCUAAAAUGCUGAAGUGCACCAUGUGGAAUUUAACAUUCAUUUUAAUGGGAAUAGAAGAUGCAUUUUCUAAAUUACUGUAAUUAGAGACCCAUUGCUGAUGAACAGAGAUGUGUAGAUGUUUGUGCUUGUGAGUCAGGUGUUAUGUUUAAUGUGUAUAGGGUUGGACUAUUUCCCGUGUUGCAUUUUGACAUUUCAAAAUGUGUAUGAAAAUGGGGUCUUAUUGCUCCUUUGCAAUACUGUAAAGUCUCUGCAUUAUUGUAGACUGUGUUAAUUUGUCUAGUAAAACAAAGCAAAAGUGAACAAAAUAUCUUUUAGUAGAAAGUAUAGUCUAGAUUUAAGAAAUGUAACUUUAUUCUAAUUUAAACUGUUCAUAGUGAUUUGAUGUUUUCUUUUCUAAAUAGUGUUGCAGGUUUGUCUUGAUCUUUAGGUUGGAAGGGGCCAAGAGAAUAGUGGAUAUGUCAGUUGUUGUUAAUUGCUGUAUUUGUCAAUUCUGUAAAUGUCUUCAUAGUUUUAUUAAUUUGCCAAAUAUAAAUAUACUGUGAACUUGAUUUGCUUUGUUAUACCUGUUUGUUUAAUCUUAAGGGUAUGUGUAUUGGUAAACUGUUGUAAUGGUGCAAACUUGUACAUUUUUACUGAAUUAAAUGCUCAAAACUCUCA